UUCAUUUUGUAUUUUAUUUAAGGGAUGAAAAAAUUCAUAGAAAAUCUGGAGAAAAAAAAGAAGAGGAAACUGUGAAAAAGAUGCCAAUAAAAUUUAAAAUAAAAGAAAAUAUGCUGUGUAUAUGUGUUACUGUAUGUGCAUGACACCAAAUCAUAAAACCAUAGCAACAUAUCACUUUGCUCAGAAAUUUUCAUUUAAAACAAGAGGAAAAAAAAAGGCAGAAGAGAGAAGCAUCAAAUGCUUAGCUAUGGAGUUGAUUCCUUUUUCUUUCUCUUCAGCUCCGCUUGGUUAAUCUAGUAGCUCGCAGCCAGCUUUCCUACUUUUCAAGUAUUUUUCUUUCUUUGUUUCUGAUCAAUACUCCAAAACCUCUCCUAUAUAUAUAUAUACACAUCACUGGUUUUGAGAUAAGAUUUUAGGAGGACUCAAAUUGGUUGUGGGGUUGUGGUGGUUUCAGAUUGCUUUGUGAGGUAAAGGGAAGAAAGAGAAGCAGGGAAAAGAAGGAAAGGGUCGGAGAAUUAGAAAAGAAGAAGAGAUAAAUUAGAUAGAUGGCUGCGUCUUCUUCGUCGGUCGCACCGCUUUUCGGAAUUAGAGAAGAAGAUCAAAACCAGCAGAUGAAGCAGCAACAUUCCUCUACACCGCCAACCUCGUCCACAGCUGCAGCAGCUGCUCCACCUCAGAAGAAAAAGAGAAACCAACCUGGAACACCAAAUCCAGAAGCAGAAGUGAUAGCACUAUCUCCCAAGACCCUAAUGGCAACAAACAGGUUCAUAUGUGAGGUAUGCAACAAAGGCUUCCAAAGGGAGCAGAACCUACAGCUCCACAGAAGAGGACACAACCUGCCUUGGAAGCUCAAGCAGAAGACUACAAAAGAACCCAAACGCAAAGUCUACCUGUGCCCCGAGCCCACAUGCGUCCACCACGACCCCUCCCGAGCUCUCGGUGACCUCACCGGCAUCAAAAAGCACUUCUCUAGAAAGCACGGCGAGAAGAAAUGGAAGUGCGAGAAGUGCUCCAAGCGCUACGCCGUGCAGUCCGAUUGGAAGGCCCAUUCUAAGACUUGUGGAACUAGAGAAUACAGAUGUGACUGUGGCACUCUCUUCUCAAGGAGGGACAGUUUUAUCACGCACAGGGCCUUCUGCGAUGCACUGGCUCAGGAAAGUGCAAGGCAUCCGCCCAGUUUGAGCACCAUUGGCAGCAGCUUAUAUGGGGGCAGCCUCAGCAACACUGGCCUCGGCUUAUCUCAUCAAGUUGUGGGCCCACCUCAAAUUUCCUCACUUCAACAAGACCACAGUCAAUCCAGUACAGCUGCUGACAUCUUAAGACUUGGUGGUGCGGGUGGUGCUGGCGCUGCUCGGACCGGACAAUUCGAUCAUCUCCUGGGCUCAUCUUUUCGACCAGCUGCACAGUCCUCAGCAUCUUUCUUCUUGACUGCCGCUGAUCAGUCCACCCAACAACAAUACCAUGACCAUGAUCAGGACAAGUCAUUCCAGGGCCUCAUGCAAUUCUCUGAUAAUCAUCAUCAUCAUCUUCAUCAGAACAACAACAACUCAAACAACCCACCUCAUCAUCACUCAGCAGGAGCCAAUCUGUUCAACCUACCUUUCCUUUCCAACAACACCACCAAUACUACUAAUAAUAACAACAGUGCCACCAAUAACAAUUUACUAAUUAGUCCUGACCAUUUCAACACCAAUGUAAAUGGCACUACCACCGCUGCCGGAGGCAGUGAGGGUUCACAUAAUCUCUUCUCCGGUCACAUAGUGGGCGGUGAUCAUAUUAGCUCCGGGAUACCUUCUCUCUACAGCACUAAUAGUAAUAUUAAUAAUCAUAAUCAGCAGCAGCAGCACCAUGCAUCUAUGGCGCACAUGUCGGCAACCGCACUGCUUCAAAAGGCUGCUCAAAUGGGCUCCACCAAUUCAAGCAACAACACCACUGCCUCGCUGCUUCGGAGCUUCGGCAGCUCCUCCUCAGCCACUGCUAAAUCCGACAGGCCCGGGGCGCUGGUUCCUUCCAGCUUAGGUGGCAUGUUCGGAAGUGAUCAACAGGACCAGAGCCACCUGCAAGACCUAAUGAACUCGUUUGCUAAUACUGGUGGCUCAUCCAUUUUUGUAAAUGCGUCGUUUGGUGGCUACGAUGCUGCAACAGCAAAUAGGGCUAUUAAUAUGGAGGAGACAAAGUUGCAGCAGCAGAACAGUCUCGGGGUGAGCAAUAUUGGAGGGGCUGAUAGGUUAACAAGGGACUUUCUUGGGGUUGGACAGGUGGUGAGGAGCAUGAGCGGAGGGUUUUCUCAUCAGAGAUCAGAGCACCAUAGUGAACAGCAGCAUGGAAUGGACAUGAGCUCAUUGGAUUCAGAAAGCAAUGCAGCAGCGCCGUCAAGCCAAUCUUUUGGAGGAGGUGGGAAUUUUCAGUGAGAACAACAUGAGCUGGAAAAAGUACAGAGAUGAGGGAGGGAGUUAACUUUCACUCGUACCAUAAUUUAUGCAUCAAGUUCUGGCUAAGCAAAUCCUGAACGCCAUGAAGUUUUCGCGAUGUCACACCAAGAGAAUUAGUGCAGAUUAAUUAAGGUUUCUUCAACCUGUAUAUUUUCCCUUUUUUUUUGUUUUGUUUUUGGUUGAGACCUCAAAAAGUGUUUUGGGAGGCCGGGGGUUAAUUUUCAAAGUCAAUCAAGGCUACAACUUUUUCUUAGUUUAAAUUAAAUAUGACUAGUGGACUCUCUGUUUCUUGUUAAA